CGCACACUGGUUCCAGCUUUCCACACCAAAAAAAUAUCGUGAUGACCAGCCUGAACCUCUCGUUGUACACUGUCUCUGGAUUUAUUAUCACCGACACGGACGGGCACCGUGUGCUCGCAAAAUACUACCAUCCGCCAGGUGCUCCGCCAUCGAGCAGCAAGAAACUCACGACGCUAAAGGAGCAACGCGCAUUCGAGAAGGGGCUCUUCCAGAAGACGAAGAAGGCUGGUGGCGAGAUCAUCCUGUAUGACGGCUUCUUGGCGGUCUACAAACAUUCGCUCGACCUCAUAUGCUACAUCAUCGGCGACCAGUCAGCGAACGAGCUGAUGCUCCUCUCUGCCCUCAUAUCCUUUUCGGACGCGACGCACAUGCUCCUCAGGAACCAGCUGGAGAAGCGGUCGGUGCUGGAGAACCUGGACUUGGUCUUGUUGUGCUUAGAUGAGACGAUUGACGACGGUGUCAUCGUCGAGACUGACUCUACCGCGAUCGCGUCGAGAGUUAGCAGACCAAGAGCGGACACGACGGAUAUCGUCAUCAACGAGCAAACGUUGCUAAACGCGUACCAGACGGUCAAGGGCAAGCUGCAGGAACGGAUAAACCAGCUGUAAUGCCCCAUCCCUUCUUUGCGUACGCCGUAACUGCACGCUUGAUGCCGUAUGACGGUCUCUUCUCGGGGCUGUAGUCUUCUGAAUCGAAUAUGGGCUUAUUUUGCCAACACAGUCUGCCGUGGAUGGCUGCACGAUCUGCCCCAUGAGACGGUGAGUUUGUUACUUUAUCUGAGGCCUGGAGAAGAGAUUCUGUCAAAGAAGAUCCCGAGGAGUGGCACGACUCCGCGGAAGGCGGGGGUCCGCAGAAGAGUACACUCUCUGAAAGGGAAGCAUCGACAAGAUGUCACCGAACAAUGAAGGACCUACUGUAUGUUCGCCG